UGUAAGGAAGGGAUUGAGAGCAGUAGCUACUUUUUUUGUUUGGCAGUCCUUCGUGCUUCUGUCUCAUCCCUGCAGUAACCUCUACAAGCUUCAGCCAUGGCUGCAUUGUUCAGAUCCCUCCUCCCUCUACUGCUUUCCAUCCUCUUCCUUCACCACAUUCCAGCUGAGAUCUCUGCGACAACUAUAACUCUGUUCAACAAAUGCACCCACCCAGUUUGGCCAGGCAUCCAACCCAGCGCAGGGAAGCCCAUCUUAGCCCGCGGCGGUUUCAAGCUCCCACCAAAGAAGGCCUCCACCCUACACCUCCCUGCACUCUGGUCUGGCCGCAUCUGGGGCCGCCACGCCUGCAUCUUCGACGCAUCCGGACGAGGCCGCUGCUCUACUGGCGACUGUGGUGGCUCCCUCUUCUGCAACGGCAUCGGCGGCACUCCACCGGCCACCCUUGCAGAGAUCACUCUCGGUAAAGAUCAAGACUUCUACGAUGUCAGCCUCGUGGACGGCUACAACCUCGCCAUCUCGAUCACCCCAUUCAAAGGCUCGGGCAAAUGCAGCUACGCCGGGUGCGUGAGUGAUCUAAACACGAUGUGCCCGGUGGGGCUUCAGGUCCGGUCUCACGAUAAAAGGAGCGUGGUUGCAUGCAAGAGCGCCUGCUUUGCGUUCAACUCACCCAGAUACUGCUGCACAGGGAGCUUUGGGAGCCCUCAGGCUUGUAAGCCUACAGCUUAUUCAAAGAUUUUUAAGACUGCUUGUCCAAAGGCUUACUCCUAUGCAUAUGAUGAUCCAACUAGCAUUGCUACCUGCACUGGUGGUAACUAUUUGGUCACCUUCUGCCCUCAUCACCACUAAAUGAUCACUUAAUAUGUAUAAUUUACUCUUUAAUUAGUCAUAAUAUAGUCGUUAUGUUUCUCUUAAUAGUAGUUUUAUUAUAAUCUUAUUAUUUUGAUGCUUUCUGUAAUCCCUAAAUAUAAAUCUUAAUCAUAUGUGUCUGUUUAUUUUGUUUA